ACCGCGCACAUCGGCAACGCCGCACCGAUUCUGGCCAUUGUCCAAUUGGAAAACCCCCCGGAUUAAUUCAACCAGCCCGAAACGGUCGCGGAACCACCAAACAGUACCGUCACGGACCGACACCGCCCCCGAAACAAGUGCUAGACGCGGCCGAAAGCUAUCUUGAACAGGGGCCAACCGACACCACCGGACGCCGGAACGACCAAAGAUGUCGGACGCGACCGAAAACAACCCCGACGUGAGGGUGGAGGGCGACGGAAACGUGGACAACAAGACCCAAAGCACCAGCUCAAAAAAGAGGAAUAAACACAAGAAGAACAGGUCAAAUGGCCAACAGGAGAACAACGUGGACACCCAGAGCAUUGAGAAGCUGGCCAAAGAAACCGAUCUGAACAAUCCACUUAAUCAAAUCUCGAUUAAAGAUUUGAGGGCCGCCAUGGAGGUGUUCUCGAUGAGCCAGAAGCCGGCCAAGACGCCGGAGGAGGCCCUGAAGAAGAACUACCACUUUUGGAGCACCCAACCAGUACCAAAAAUGGAUGAGAAGAUAACGGUGAACGAGGCGAUUGAGCCGGAUAGACCAGUGUCUGAAAUUAGGGCUGAGCCCUACAGCCUGCCUGAUGGCUUCAAAUGGGACACCUUGAAUCUGGAUGAACCUCUGGUGCUGAAGGAGCUGUACACGCUUCUCAACGAGAAUUACGUUGAGGAUGACGACUGUAUGUUUCGAUUUGAUUACCAGCCCGAAUUUUUAAAAUGGGCGUUGCAACCUCCUGGUUGGCGGAAGGAGUGGCAUUGCGGUGUUAGGGUCGUCAAAAGUGGGAAGUUGGUCGGUUUUAUUUCGGCCAUUCCUGCCACCUUGAAUAUAUACAAAAAAACUCGAAAAAUGGUGGAGAUCAACUUCCUCUGCGUGCACAAGAAGCUGCGUUCGAAACGUGUCGCCCCCGUCUUGAUUAGGGAGAUAACGCGUCGCGUCCACCUGACUGGCCUGUUCCAGGCCGUCUACACCGCCGGCAUAGUGUUACCAAAACCAGUCAGCUCCUGCACCUACUGGCACCGGUCCCUCAAUCCCAAAAAGCUCAUUGAGGUCAAGUUCUCUCAUCUGAGCAGGAACAUGACCAUGCAGCGCACCCUAAAACUCUACAAACUGGCGGACCAACCCAAGACACCAGGCUUCAGGAAGAUGACGGCCAAAGACGUGCCCGGCGCCCACAAACUGCUCAAGGAGUACCUGACAAAGUUCGAGUUGGUGCCCGAUUUCACCGAGGAGGAGUUCACCCACUGGUUCCUGCCCAGGCCCAACAUAAUCGACAGCUACGUGGUGGAGAACGGGGGCGUGAUCACGGACAUGGUCAGCUACUACACGCUGCCCUCCACCGUCAUGCACCAUCCCGUCCACAAGAACCUGAAGGCGGCCUACUCGUUCUACAACGUGUCGAAGAGCACGCCGUGGAUAUCGCUGAUGAACGACGCCCUGAUCAGCGCCAAACAGUCCAACUUUGACGUGUUCAAUGCGCUCGAUAUCAUGGAGAACGGCAAGUUCUUGGAGGAGCUCAAGUUCGGCAUCGGGGACGGUAAACUGCAAUACUACUUGUACAACUGGAAGUGUCCGUCGAUGCAGACGGAUCAGAUCGGUUUGGUGUUGCAGUAGUUGGGACGGUGCACAGUGACUGAUUAAAUCUACCAUUAUAUACAUUUGAAUACACUCGAAGUAAUUAAUAUUUUUUUUUUUAGUUCAAUUCGAAUGUAAGUACCAAAAGAAGUUUUGGUUUCGGUUUUUCGUUAUUGUCAAUCAGUCAGGCUUUUGUUUUUUUUUAUUGUAAGUUUUUAUUUGUUAUGAAUAAAACUAGAUACCAUCAAUUUA